AUGGUCCUCGUCUUCGCGGCCGCGGAGGCACUCCUACUCGCAGCGAGUGGCGCAUCUUCUUGGCUGCUGGGUGCGCUGGCUCCGCGCUUCGGUGCGGCCUCGGGUCAGCGAUUCAGCAAGGCGGCCCACCCCCGCACGCGCUGGAGCUGCGGCGCCGUGGCCUUGCUCCUGCUGCUCUCCUCCGCUCCGGCGUCCUCCGCUCCGGCGGCUCGGGCUUCAGGCGACUGCGUCAGCUCUUUGAACUACCCGAGCAACUAUGGCACUUUCGAAAACGCGGUCGAGUCCGAUCUCUUCUCCGACUGGCGGCCACGCUGCGCCGCCCCUGCGUGGCACGCGAAGCCUCAUCACGCGCUCACCGACGAGCUCUACAAGACCGACAAGCCGCCCGCGGGGGCCCCGCAGGCCGACGAGCUCUCCAUCGACGUGCCCUCCCCGUUCCACGUUCCCUUCAUGAGCGGACAAUCCUCGUCUGCGCCUGGCCGCUCCCAGCAGCGCGGUCAGCUUUGUGCCGCCUUGUUCUUGCUGCUCGUAGCGUGCGGCGGGCUGCUGAGGGAGUGGAUGUGGCCGCCGGGUUUCGGUGCGGCCUCGGUGCGGCGGAGCAGCUCGGGGCGCCGGAAGGGGGCCUGGCUGCUUCUCGUCGCGCUGCUCCCGCUGGCAUACAUCCGGGACGAGAUCAACAACGCCACAGCCGAGAACCGCAACGCGAGCGUCUACAUCCCGCCGGGCGUCCGCCUUGCCUUUAGCAGCAACGUCGAGUGCAGCGGCGAAAUGCACCUCUCGGUCCGGAGCAGCGGGGAGGGCGCGACGCUCGACGGCAACAAGAGCUCCAACAUGUUCGCACUCUCGAGCGGCUGCAGCCUCUACCUGGAGGUGCUACACUUUGUGGACGGGCUUAGUGGUGAUUAUGGCGGUGCGGUGCGCGCGUCUGGCGCUGGCGACAUUGCGAUGAAGGACGUGUCCUUCACGGGCUGCGAGGCCAGCGGGUACGGAGGAGCUAUGUACGUGUGGAACAGCGGCGACGUCUCGCUCGAGGGGGCCAGCUUCAGCGACAGCGGCGACGUCUCGCUGAAGGGCGCCAGCUUCAGCGAGUGCACGGCUGGCGAGUACGGAGGAGGUAUGAAUGUGUACAACAGCGGCGACGUCUCGCUGGAAGGCGCCAGCUUCAGCGAGUGCACGGCUGCCCUGGUGCGUCUCCCACGCCCGCACACGCUUUGCUACGCCGUCGCACUCGCCGCCGUGCGGCCGUACAAGCGGGUCGGCGACGAUGUGCUAGCCGUCGCGACCAGUCUCGUGCUCCUCCUCCUCUUCCUUGGCGCCAACUGGACCACCAUUUUUCUCGGCAUUGAGGAGCGGCACCCCGACACAGCGGAGGCCGCCGCCACCCUCGGGUUCGGCAAGCUGAACGGCGUCCAGCCCCCCGAGCUGAGCAUCGUGCUCGGCCUCACGUGGCACCUCUUCAACAGCCACAUCUGGUCGACCGGUCAAGACGCCGUAAAGGUCAUCAAGGGUGAGCUCAAGCAGCUGCUGCCGGAUGUAGAUGAUCUCAAAGACAUUGGGGCGCUCGAGGAGUACAUCCAACGGUCGCAAGUCGUCCUCUUCUUCCUCUCGAGGGGCUACUUCCGCUCGCAGGCGCGCCCCUCCAACGCCGCCACCGCCGCACUCUGGCCUCACCUCCCGCUUCCCGCGCCACAGAACUGCCUCCGAGAGGUCCGCUCGUCGCUCGAGAUGGACAAGCCGCUCGUCCUCGUCCAAGAAGCGGACCCUGAAAAGGGAGGCGGGACGUUGCAGGCGCUGCGCGACGAAUGCCCUGAGGACUUGCAGCCCGCCAUCUUUGACAAGGACUGGCCGCUCACGAUCUGGUAUCGCAGCGAUGAGUUUCAGCUCAUCUCGCUCAAGAUUAUCGCCGAGGCGCUGCGGGCCACAGCCAGCCACUCCGCAGUCCUCUCUAUCUCCCGACCGACCCCAUUUGAGCAACAGGCGGUGCUCCUCUGCUCGCCCAACUAUCUGAACAAGACCUCCCUGCCGCUCUGCGUGUCGGGCGAGCUCGAGAGCCAGUCGCUCGCCUUUUCCAAACAGACCACGGUCUGGGCCUCGCCAGCCAACCCAGGCGCCGCAGAGUUGGCCUGCGAGCUUGCCAACGCCUUUCGCGGCCUCACCGUCUCUACCGUUGCGGACGACGACGGCGAGCGGCUGGCCGAGCACGUCAAGCAGGCGCGGGAAGACAAGCUGAAGAUCGUCAUGGCGCACGAGAACGACCCGGACCUCGGCGGUUGCCAGUUCUCGAGAAUGUUUGAAGUCACGCCGCAGGAGCGGGCUCGCGGAGAGCUCAUCGCCGGCGGACUCUACAAGGACCUCGCAAAAUCCUGCUUCCCGGGGCGCCACCGCAAGGCGCGCGUUCUUUCUCACCCAUUUGUGUCGUUCGUGCUUCUGGCAAAGAGCCUCGGCGCGACCCCCGCUCGGUCGCGGGCGGACCUCCUUUCGGACAGCAUCGUCGAGGGCAGCACCAGCCUCUCGAAGCGCAGCUCUGGCGGCCUCAGCCGGGUGUUCGCCAACAUGAGCAGCCGCAGCUCUGCGGAGGCGCGCGACGUCUCUGGAGGCGAGGUGUCGUCGGUGCAGCGGCAGGUCUGA